AUGAAAUCGUCCUAUCGCUUUAAGAACAAAAUCCUUGUACGUACAAAAGGGGACAUCAUGGCCAUGACGUUGGGGCUGACGCUGCUACUGCUGGCAGUAAGUGCUGUUUCCUCAGACGCGGUACAAUUUGACGUGCGUCGCCGAUCUGAAAAGUGCCUCAGCGAUGAAGUGGCUCAGGGAAGCCUCGUGGUGGUACAUUACGAUGUGAUUGGUGGUGUGCGCGGUCAGUCUGGUGUUGCGCUAUCCAUCACGGAUCCACUGCGGAAAUUUCUCAAGCAAGAUACCAACAUCGACACAUCAUCCGACGAUAUUCACAAAUUUUCAUUUACUGCCGAUACUGGUGGUAGCUAUGCUGUAUGCUUUGUAAACAAUAAUGACAAGCCAAUGCGUGUUAUGCUCGACUUUAAACACGGUGUGGAGGCCAAGGACUACACAGAAGUGGCAAAACGUGAGCAUCUCAUGCCCGUGGAGAAAGAAUUACGCAAGAUGGAAGACACCGUGGAAGAAAUUCAUCGCGAGAUGCUUUAUAUGCGCGAGCGUGAGGCCACGAUGCGCAACACAAAUGAGUCGACCAAUUCUAGGGUGCUCUGGUUUAGCUUUUUUUCAAUCGCUGUGUUGCUCGGUAUGGGCAUAUGGCAGGUUAUGUACCUUAAGAAGUUUUUUAAAAGCAAGAAACUUAUCUAA